CUCAUCUGUGGUGCAUCAGCUAGACUGGUCACGAGCACACAUCAUACUUUAAAUCCGAUUGCCUUGCUACCAUUUCUCGCAACUCUUUGUUCGUCUCCUAAAAACCUUGGAGAGUGGGGCCACGACAACGUCAUGACGAAGCUGUUGAUCACUUCACUGCCGCUGUCAACUCCACUGGUUUCUCAUCGAAAUAUAUUCAUUUUGUAUACCAGGACUUGGUCAUGGUGCGUCAGCGUGAUGCAUACAUAAUACUUUGCAUAAGUGAGUGUUUUGUCCAGCUCUUCGGCUGGGACCUUGAGUCCUUGUUGCUAACGACACACCAGAAACGGUGCCAGGCAUUCCUUUCAGCAGGCGAACCCGAUGAAGUCCUCGAAGCACACAAACACAUGAUGGACGCCAUUGACGAAAUUGCGAAGGCCAGCUGCCUCGAUUCGUCCAACGUUCAAAGAGCAAUGCAGUGCACUUGCUGCGCACGACGACCGUAUCCUUGUAGCUGUUGGAAAUCUAUACUUCACUGCUUCAUACAGAACCUUACAUAUUCGUACCAGCGUGUAGUACGCGUGUUAGUAGUCGCUUUUCGACUUUGUGCUCCCCACUGGACAGCCCGAUUUUCGAUAGUAGUAUGUUUGUAAACUGAUAGUGAAAGCAACAUGGCGUUGAACUACA